GGCAUAAGCAUAGCCUGGCGAAGGGUUCCGUUCCAGUUUAGCAACCAUUUGAUCUGUACUGCCUUAACUCAGCGAAUGAAGGCUUAACUGAGUAAGGCCGAUAACAAAACACUCGAAACUGACGCAAAAUGAAUUUGACGUUUAAUGAUGCACUCAUCAAAGUUACUUUUGUAUCGGAGUAACGAUUCGUGUGCUGUCCCCCGGUGGGACAGCGAAAAGUCUUUGGAUUUACAAUGCUAAAAUUAGGGAUUCGUUUUUCCCUCGGUGGACUCGGCAGAUAACCCGAUGUGGCUUUACUGCAAGAAAACACACACUCGUGUGCUACAGGCUCAAAAUAACUGAAGGGGCGACUCGCACCCAUAUUUAUAGCAUACAUUUUUAAGUCCUGCUUUGCCGGUCUCGCAGCUACCAUCCUCAGCAGCACUCGGGUCCAGCCAGAAACCACAUGCCAGAUGAUGGAAGUAUAGGUGGCGUUGGUUGUAACUCGGACAACAGCCUUAUCGGAAGUAGUAAUGGAAGCGACAGCAAUGUUCCAGCAGCCAAUCAACUCAUUCCUGUUAGUAGUGAGGAGAGAAUUACAUUAGUUGUUGACAACACUAGGUUUAUUGUAGAUCCGGCUCUUUUUGCAGCUCAACCCGAUACAAUGCUUGGGAGAAUGUUUGGUUCCUCAUUAGAACACAACUUUACCCGUCCAAAUGACCGAGGAGAAUAUGAAGUGGCUGAAGGAAUCUCUGCAACUGUGUUUUGUGCCAUUUUAGAAUUUUACAAGACUGGCGCUAUUAGAUGUCCACCAAGCGUAUCAGUGCCUGAACUUCGUGAAGCUUGUGAUUACUUGCUGAUUCCUUUUGAUUCUCAGACAGUCAAGUGUCAUAACCUGAGGGGUUUGCUACAUGAACUCUCUAAUGAAGGAGCAAGACAACAAUUUGAGAAGUUCUUAGAGGAAGAAGUUCUUCCAGCAAUGGUGGCAUCUGCUCAGAGAGGAGACCGGGAGUGCCACAUUGUGGUUCUUGUAGAUGAUGACAUUGUAGACUGGGAUGAAGAUUAUCCUCCUCAGAUGGGAGAGGAAUAUUCACAAAUUAUUUACAGCACUGCUAUGUACAGGUUUUUCAAGUACAUUGAAAACAGAGAUGUUGCCAAACAAGUUCUUAAGGAACGAGGAUUGAAAAAGAUCAGACUUGGAAUUGAAGGUUAUCCGACAUACAAAGAGAAGGUAAAACGGCGUCCUGGUGGACGAGCUGAAGUAAUUUACAACUACGUCCAGCGACCCUUCAUACGUAUGUCAUGGGAAAAAGAAGAGGCUAAGAGCCGUCACGUGGAUUUUCAGUGUGUAAAGAGCAAAUCCAUCACGAACCUUGCCGCAGCUGCAGCUGAUGGUGCACUUGAGCCCCCUGCAAACAUAGUUGGAGUAGUUGCAACAGUAGAAGCCCAACCUGCUGUAGCACUGGAGGAAGAUGGUGCUGUUGGUGGUAUGGGUGCUUCCUCACCAAUUGUGCCACCACACCCUUCCCAAAAAGAAACAUACCCAGAAGUUCAGCUACCACCAGAAGAUCUGCCAUAAAAAAAAGCUGAAGUAAGUACUGAAUAAGGCUCAGAUUUCAACCUCAGUUUUCAGCUUAGCCUCUCGUGUGAGGGUAUACGAGUAUGCUACUUCCAUUAAGUCAGAAUUUGUCUGUUCUAGUUUUCACUAAAGAACAACUGACUGGUGACUCCUACUAAUGUCAGUCUUUCAGAGGAGUAAUUAGUGUUUCUCAUGCUGUGCUUGAAGAGUGUUGUAUUACUGAAAGUUUUCACUUUUCCAUUUGAGCAGAGAAGUAUUUAAUGGAAAGAAAAUGUUGCUCAUAAAACAAAUAUGGGUUGAUUGUUCCUCUGAUAACACUGUAUGCAUGCUAGUAACAUUACCCUGGUUUCAUGUAAUGUAGGAAUAAAGAGAGAGAGGUUCCUUAUACAUUGAAUUAUCUUGCUAAAUCUGAUCAAGUAGGCAGCUUUGUGUGAAUUUUAUAGGUAUAACUGAUGGAAAAUCUUACUGCAAUGGUUACACAAUUAUCAAAAAUAUCUAAAGCAGACAAAAAAUGUUUUCAUUGUUUUAUUUAUGAGUCAUGCUUUUUGUAAUUUUUUUAACCUACUUUCAUAUAAUCAGUACUUUAAACAUUUAAUUAAGAAUAAUUAUUCUCUCAUAAAAGAAAUGUUACACUGUAAAAAAUUUUGCUUAUUUGUACUGAUUCCUGCUCAAUAUUGAAGGCAUUCUACUGUACAUUAUCUAAACAUGAUGAAGUUAGUUAAUCCAACUACUUAUUAUGAGUUUUCUUAACAAUUAAGAAUACUUAAGUACAGGUAUCGGUCAUUCGUGUAGUUGACUUCCCAGAAUACUUUGUUCAUACUUUUUUUUCUUCUUCUAUCUAUUAGAUCAUGUUUUUGGGUAGAUUAUAUCAGGACUCUUCAACGUUCCAUUCAUAUUGAGUUAAAUCUUAGGUCAACUUUCAACUGUAAACACAGUAGAUAUUUUCAUUCAUUGCAAAGGUUUUUCUGAGUUAUAUUUACCUUUGGUCUUAAUAUAAGUGUUUAUUUCUUAAUUGAAUUCUUUCUCUUCUGGUCGUUUCUUGGUCAGUUAGUAUUUAUCACGGUCAUGGGUUAUUAGCCUAAAGUUAAGUAUUUAAUCUUUUGAUAAACUGAUUUAAUAAAUAAAAUUCCUAGUAAAGUGCUUGUUUCACAUUUCAAACUGAUUUCUCAUUCUUGUAUAUGCUAGAAAAUAUUAUUAUAUGAAUUUUAUUUUCAAUUUCCUCCAGCUGUUUUCAUUUUCUGAUUUUAAUGGUAAUUUUUGUGCUGCUAAUAUAAAGUUAUUUAUAUGUACCUAUUGUAAGUAUUUCACUGUUACCCAGAAUUUAGCUUUAUUACUGAACAUAAGAUUUCAAGGGAGUAAAAAUUUAACUGCUGUACGAAUUUGAAGUCACUACUGCUUUUGUUUAAUAAACAUACUUUACAUAGGCUAAUAAUACAAAAUAGCUGGUGUAAUUUUUUUGCAAAUCAUUUAUGUUGUUGUGUUUGGUAUCAAAAUUAUGAAGGUAACUAUAUCAUUGAUUAAGUGGAAUAUUGCUCUUCUUAAUAAUAAUUUGUUUUUGCUUCUCUUGUAUGACUUGUGUUAUAGUCUGAGAUUUCAAUCUUGUUAGUGUAUUGAAAUAUAAAACAGUGGUAUGAAGAAAUGCACUGUGUGUUGUGGUGUGUUUCUUAGAUUAUAGAGUAUUUGUAAUAUUACUAACACUUUUAUCAAUAGUAAUACAAUACUAAGUAAGAUGUUUAAGUUAAACAUUUAAACAACAUUGAUAUGUGUAAAAAAAAUUUUAACCUCGUUCAAGUACCGUUGUUGGCUUGUACACUGUAAAGCUUAGAAUAAUUUUAUUGUUAUUGUAAAUAAAUUCUUAUUUUAGUGUGUUCUGGUCAUUAGAUUGAAUUUUAGUUUACUAAAAGGAAAGUUAAUAACCUCUUGCUCAUCAAAUAAUAUAGCUAACUCAGAAUUUAUAUGUUUGUGUUAUUAUAACAUAUUAAUAGUGUGCAACUGUGUUACCAUUUGAAAUUCGUCAUUGUCGUUAUAAUUCUUCAUUUGUUUAUUCUUUUUUUUUCUGCAAUUACGUUUUUAAAGAAUAACUAUUAAUGUCUCAAAAGUACCAAUGCAAGUGUUAAAUAAUAAUAAUAAAAAGAGUUAUCGUAAUGAAUUUGUACACUUGACUGUGACGAAGUUAUUAAAGUGUUUUGUAUACUCACAGUUUAUGGCAAAUAUAUUCCCAAAAUUGUUUGUAUUCAUCAGUGUAAAUUUGAGGAUGGUAUGUAUUAAUUAGCCUUGAUGUAUACAUACCUCUGGUAUACUUCUGACUACCGUAUUUUCCUAGAAUAUUUUAUAUUUCUCAGUGUGUGAAAUCAACGAUAUUAUUUGCUAACUUUGAUAUAUUAAUGUAAUGAUUGUAAUUAAUAUAUUCCUACAGUGUUGUAUUUGUCUGCAUAAAGUUAGGGUUAUUGCUUAUUAUUCGUGAUAUACUAAUACGUGUCUGUAAUAUUUGGGUAUUCUGUAUUUGUCGGCAAUAUAUCCCGUAGUACUUUUAUAUAUCCGAUACUUCAGAUUGAUAUUUCUAAAUUAUUAUGUGCUUAUCAGCAUAAGAUCAAAAUGUUUCUGUUGAGUAUUGGGUAUGAUUCACAUGUUUUCUUAAACCUAUAUAUAUAUAGACAUUUGAUUUACAUUAUGUACUACAAACUUUAAAAUAUUAUAGAUGUAAAAACUAUAAAUAUUCAGAAGAAAAUUUAAAUUCUUAAGGAAAAAGCAUUAUUGUAGGAGGUAUUUGAGAUUAUUAUGAAAAUAUAAAAAAAUUUAAAGAUAAUUGGGAUUAUUUAAAAAAAAAUUCAGGAGAGAUUAUUAAGAAAGAAACAAAAUGUUCAGAAGAAAAGAUGACAAGUGUAUAAGAGGAAUUUAUAAUAAUUAUGUCCCCCCCCCCAAGUCCGUUAUGGUUACUGCUUGUUGGAAGUAUUUAUGGCUAAAUUAGACAUCAGAACAUUUAUAGAAACUCGUAUUAAUUAAAACAAUUACCUGGAUAACUUAAUAAAUAAAUACAAGAAAAAGAACAAAUUAUGUAAGCAUAAGUUUAGAAAAAGGCCUCUGUUUUUUUUUUCUCUCUCUCUCAUUUGACAUCAAAAAUGUGUGUUUUUAUUGCUUUAUAUUCAGGUACUGCUACAUGCUUGGUUUGGAGUAAUAUUUUAGUUUACUUCGUGAAUGAUUAGAAAUCAUUAUGAAUUAUGUUAAAACAGUGCGUUCUAAUCUUUAUUAAUAAGAACAAUAUAUUUAAUUAGCUAUGUUCAUUACGGGGUUGAGUUGUAUUUUUGAUCUAAGUAGGUAGCUUGCUCUGAUCGGAAGUUAAUUUAUUGUUCUAAGAGGUAUAGAGUAAUCAUUGCUGCAGACCUGGUGACACCACAAAACUAAUCGCACCAGAUUCACUUGUAGAUUACACCAAAAUUGUACUCCUUAUACUUUUAGCCCCCCUCGGAUCUGUACACGUGGUGGGCUCAUCACAGAUAGCCCAUUGCGUAGCUUUGCAACAAAUGUUAUCGUUUUAUUCUGUUACUCUUGUUUUAAAAAAUAUGAUUUGUAGAAAACGUUAUUGUAUAUCUAGCUAUUGUCGUGUGGGUCAAGGGGAGUUUUCUUCAUUACCAUCAUUCAAUAGAAAGGUUGGAACUGAUGUCAUAAUAUAUUAUACCUGAAUUACCAUAAAGAAUUAGUACUCAAUCAUAAUUUUAUGCUGUCACUGUUUUAUAUAACGUGUUUAUGUAUAUAUUUGACUUGUCAAUCAUCUUAUUUUUAGCGUUUUACAGUUUACUUACUUAUGAGUAUACACAUCUGGGUUUACUUGUCAAUUAACAGCCUUGCGUAUUACUGUUAAAACCAGUUAAACAGUUCGUGGCGCGUAUUCGCAACAGUUUAAAAAAUGUUAUUAAACGCUAUACGUUUCAACGUAGCGGCCACGUUGUGCUUAUAACAAAAAAUGUUUAAACUCUGUAAAUAAAAAAAACAACAAAAAACAUCGUGUUUUGAUUAAUUUAUUUUAACAUAAAAUGGUUCUUCUGUAACUUGAAUAAAAAAUCGUUUGUUUGUCUUUUUGUUUCCUUUUUUAAUAAAGAUCUUAAGAGUUUCACCAAAAUUCUACAAGAUAAAUAAAACCCUAUUGAGGUUUAAGUAUUGUAUGUUCUAUGAAAGUUUAAGUGGAAAUGCUAACUCUUAUUUUGUUUUUUUUAAAAGAAAUCUCUAGUUUCUAUUCCGAAUUUUAAUAACUAAUAAUUUAACUAUGAUGUUCACUUUUAUUCUUAUCAUGAUGCAUUUCUGUGAGUAUUACGUGAAGUGCUUGCAGAAAUAGUGCUUAUGUGAGUGAGUUGUACUCGAGCUCAUUUAGGAAAAACAAUAUAACAUUCUCAGUAAUAAUGGAUUCGGUGUGUCUACAGACUUACUUUGCUGCUUAUGCUUUUAGGUUAGUUUGAUGUCUGUAUAAAAAAAAAACAACAACAAUAUAUCAGCAUGUAGUCAAAAUUAGCUACUAUCACACUAUAAAAACACCAGUAAGUGUAUUAAAAACAGUUGCUUUUUUUAUAGGUUUUAGUUUAUUUUCCCUAUAUCUGGCUAAACAGUUGCACGCGUAUUUUCCCGAAAUUUUCACGAGUCCGUAUGAUAUACUCUGAAACAUUAAUUUAAGCUUCAUCGCGUGAAUUGUUUCCCUUCAUUAUUUUCUUCCAGAAAAAAAAACACAUCACAUACGUGUGUUCCUAAUCGUCCUCAGAAAUCUAUCUUGUCAAAAUAUUUCUUUGUUUAAUUUUGUUGUCUCUUCAAUAAAAGACAGCAUAAAUACAGGUUAUGUUGGAUGUCUACAUUUUAUUGCGCUUUAUCGCCACAAUUUUGACGUGUGACAACAUUUUGUAUAAUGUGCCCGUUUGUACCCUAUCAUUCUUAAAUUUUCUGUGACUGACAACAUUUUGUAUAAUGUGCCCGUUUGUACCCUAUCAUUCUUAAAUUUUCUGUUCAUAGUAAUUUUUUUUUGGGGGGAGCGGUAUUUAGUUCAAAAUGUAUUCCAACUUUCUGAUUGUAUUAAACUAUCUAAAUACAAUAAACUUUCCCUUUGAACGAUUUGAAUCCAGUUUAUCAGAACUUCUGUAAAGUAAUGACGGAGAAAAUAUUCGAAAUUUAUAUGAUAAAAAUGUUUGAAUGAAGAAAAUAUAUAUAUAUAUAUCAUUUAUUAUUGAUGAAAAACGGGUUGGAAGUGGAAUACCUGUCAGGAAGAGGUUUUGUGUUUUUGUUAGGACUAAUUGUUUAAAAAAAAAUAGUUUGGGUAUAAAACAUAUCAUUCUGAUUUAUAGGAAACCAGAAGUUUUUAACGUUUGUUUAAAGAUAAAUAAUAUUGUAUUCACUAAUCCCCUAUUGUAUGAUCAAUAGAUUCGGGAGGAUGAUUCCAAUCCUCGUUAUAUUUUCUAUAAGAUUUAUAGGUUUUUAUGACGGAAGCUGUGCGUGUUCGUUCCAAGUCAGUGAUGAGAUUGAAACUAACCCAGUAUAUCCUACUUUUACGUUUUAAGUGUGUUCUUCUAACUUUUUAUCGUAUUUUUAAUUUUAUUUGAUUAUGUACUAACUCAUUUACGUUUUCUUCAUUUCGAAAAUAUAAAUCGUUAAAUCGGUUUUAAGCUCGAUUAAUCAUCAACUUGGGUUUUCAAGUUAAUUUCGCGUUUUUUUGUUUUUUUCCAAAAAUUAUACAUCUGUUUCGAAGUUGUGGUAACCUUGAACCUAGCAUAUUUUCGUGUUUUAAUUUCAAGUAUUAGUCAUUUUCAAAGUGAUUUGUCACCUCUGUGUCUGCUGUAGAAACAUUCUUAUCAUUAAUACGAGUCCUUUGUAUAAUAUUUCUUCACUUUAUAAUAAAAUAUUGUACUGAA